AUGAGCACCAAACGGAGUAAUAAUAAUUGUGGUGGUAAAGAGAGCAAAUUGGUGAGGUACAUAAAAGGGCCUAUUCGAAUUCUGGCCCGAGCACGUGAUUUCUACGUCAACAGCCUCACUGGAUGCGCCGACCAUGUAGCCUACGCCGGCGCCACCCUCCAGCCGGCGGCCCUGCCCAGAAGUUUCAGCACUUCCUCAGCCCACGAUACGGCGGAGCUCAUCCGGAUCGCGUCUGUUCGCACAAAAUCGGAGGCAGAGCUCCUCCGCAUGAAGAAGCGCAGCCGCUCGGUGGCAAUCGGUAGGAUUGAUGAGGACAAGCCGUGCGAAUUCGACGGCAGGACCAAAAUCCAAUUUUACUGA